AUUGUUUGCUUGUUUUCCCCCCAUGGUGUGUGUGCCUGGGGACCCAAAAAAACAACCAAACCGAGCUUUAUAUCUGACCCGGAACGAAGCGGCGGCUCCCAUCGACAGACUGUCGCCCUCCGUGUGUUGUCGACCCAAGAAACCAGACGGAGAUAAAUAAAAAAACGUGGUUUCUGUCCUGGAGGAGGAGGAGGAGGCUUUGCUACCAGACAGUGGGGAGCUAACUUAGCGCUAGCCUCCUCUCCAACUUUGAUGGUGUCGGGAUUAUCCAAACCAUAGAAACGCUGUUCGGUUGGAUCGUAAGAAAACAGGAGGAGCCGCAGGGAUUCAAGCGCCCCCCCCUCGUCACUGCUGGCCCCUGAGAUGACAUCACAACAACCACAGCUCCCCAACGCUGUCAUUCCUCCCCAGCUCGCCCCCCAGAACUCUGCCCAGCAGGCCCGGCCCCACAUCCAAGACAAUCAGCUGGACUUGAGUCAGAGCAGCGGCAACAACGGACACCUCGACCACCGGGCUCUGACGGGCAGGCCGGGCUGCUCCAGCACGACGACGACGACGGCGGCGGCUGCGACUUCGGCUUCGGCGGCCAGCAGGGAAGCUGCCAGCACGAACGUCUCGGCCUCCUCCGCCAGCUCCGGCUUGUCCAAAAGAGAUGGGGCCUUUGAGCCGUGGCCCGAGGAGGCAGUGGACAACUCCCACGGCCUGUACUCGCUGCAUCGCAUGUUCGACAUCGUCGGGGCCCAGCUGACGCACCGGGACGUCCGGGUGCUGUCGUUCCUGUUCGUCGACGUGAUUGACGAGUACGAGCGCGGCGGCAUCAGGAGCGGGAGGGAUUUCCUGCUGGCGCUGGAGCGCCAGGGGCGCUGCGACGAGACCAACUUCCGGCACGUUCUCCAGCUUCUGAGGAUUAUCACCCGCCACGACCUUUUGCCUUAUGUCACACUCAGGAAGCGGCAGGCCGUUUGCCCAGACCCUGUUGACAAGUACCUGGAGGAGACAUCAGUGCGUUACAUUUCCCCGAGAGGUUCGUUACAGCGUAAGGAUGCUGCACCUCACAGAAGAACAGGUCCACGGCCAGUCAUUUGUUGCUCCCCGUCGGGAGCUCACGUCGGCCCUCCCCGAACGAAACCGGCUCCUCGCGUGCCCAACCACAAACGGAAGAGAAGUCAUUCCUCAGUCGACUGCCGAGAGAAGCAAACGUGUGACAUCCGCCUCCGUGUUCGUGCUGAAUACUGCCAGCACGAGUCGGCGCUGCAGGGCAACGUCUUUUCCAACAAGCAAGAGGCGGUGGAGCGACAGUUCGAGCGCUUCAACCAGGCCAACACUAUCCUGAAGUCCCGAGACUUGGGCUCCAUCAUCUGCGACAUCAAGUUCUCCGAGCUCACCUACUUGGACGCCUUCUGGAGGGACUACAUCAACGGAUCAUUGCUAGAAGCGCUCAAAGGGGUGUUUAUCACAGAUUCCCUAAAACAGGCCGUGGGCCACGAGGCUAUAAAACUGUUGGUGAACGUCGACGAGGAGGACUAUCAAGCCGGUCGACGUAAACUGCUCCGUAAUUUGGUCACAAACGGUGGGUGCCCACCAGUGGGUAAUAAAGACUCUGUGUCUUAGACGGACUUGUCAGAGCGGUAGCGUACUGGAGGAACACUGCUGUGCCUCGUCCACAGGGAAUAGGGUGACAUGUGGCUGUGUCUUUUGAGGUGCCUGGAGUUUGUGCGCCUGAAAAGGAACUUGGAAAAACGUCCAGCCGCACCGUUAAAUUCCUUGAGAGCUAAGGUCAUAGGAUAUUUACUUGGCACCCCUAAGCGUAGCAUGCAAUAAGAUCUGGAACUAUGUUAGCAAACACAAAUAGGAAAAAUGCGUACAGGUUGGCAUUGAAUCUUGGGCUUUUCGCUUUUCUUCGAGGAGGCGAUCGCUCAACCCGUGUGUGUGUGUGUGUGUGUGUGUUGAAUUGACCUAAUUUUUUGUUCAAGUUAGCUCAUUCAAACACUUUUGUUAACUCUAAUGAUACGCUUCACUUCUAUUCUAAAGUGUUGUUAUUUGUUUUUUUUGUUUUUUUUUUCAAUAUAGGAAACGCAGUAAAUGUUGACAAGUUGCUCCCAGUGGGAGUUGUACCGUAUCGUCAAACUAGAUAAUAAUUGUUCCAGGUUUUUCAGGUACAUUGCAGAUUGAGUGGGUUAGCCAGUGAGAGGGGGUUCUGUAUCUUAUAGGCGGGCAGAGACCGGAGACGACGUACAAUUAGUCUAUUUCGUAAGCGCUUGUUGGCAAAAGUGAACUCUUCUGCAGAGAUGAAGCCUCAUGCCUUCUUACCAACGGCUGUGAUGAUAUUAUAAGUUGUAAUUUCCAGUCACAGCAAAUAUUUAAAAAGAAAAAAAAUUAUAAUAAUAUUUUGUUAAUCAUUAUAAUGUGUUAAUUCUUCCACUGGUGUUUUUGAUUUGUUUGGAUUUUGAAAUCUGUGUCCUAUUCAUCCUGAACUCGCCCUGCCACUCAGAGUGGCCUUUUUUAAAAAAAAAAAAAACCUUUCUUUAAAUAAAUUUCAAUCAUUAUGUGCACAUUCA